GCUAAAUUGGCCUGGCCAAUACUUGUUAUCGAGGCAGGAUUCUCUCAGUCGUUGGGGGAAUUGUAUAUAACUAUGCGGCGGUGGUUUUCUAUGUCGAACCACGAGGUCAAGAUUGUUCUUCUUGCCAAGUUCAACACACCUAUGCUCCGACAAAUCAUCACCAUUACCCGAAACACUACUACCAACCCGACAUCGUACAAUGUCACUAGCGGCGCAUUAGUACUGUCAUUCCGGCUUCUCUUCCUUAGAGAUCCGGGCCCUGGGGAGGGAGACUUCGUUUUCAGCGUUCAAGAACUGGAGGAGUACGCGGAAGAUGUCUGGGCUCAAGUGUAG